AUGGAAUCAUCAAAUGAACUUUUUUCUAUUGUUAAUGACGUUAUAGAUUAUUGUCAAAAUCCAUCUGAAAUUGUUCCUUGUAAUGCACGUCAAUAUUUAAUGUGUCCUCAUUGUUCAUAUAAUCUUUGUUUUGAACAUAAAAAACAACAUGAAAAACAAAUUCAAAAUGAAGUAUUUUUUUUACAUAAUCAAGCAAAAGGUUUAGAAAAAACAUUAAAUGAAUAUAAACCUGUAGAAAUAAUUAUAGAAGAAGUAUUGAAUUCAUUAAAUGAAUGGAAACAAAAAAUGCAUAAUUUUAUCGAUCAAUAUACUGAACAAGUUAAAAUACAUAUUGAACAAGCAAAAAAUCGAUUAAAUGAUCAAUGGAUUAUAGCUAAAGAAGAAUAUUUACAAAUUUUACAUAAUUUUAUUAUUGAACCUAUCGAUCAAUUAUUAAAUGGUAUUAUUCUAAAGAGAAUGAAAAAAGUAAUUGAUUUUUUUUUUUUUAUUUCAGCACCAAAACAAAUUCAUCCAGAUGAAGUACAUCAAGUUCAUACUCGAUUAAUUAAUAUUCAAAGUCAAAUCACAAAUUUAUUAACAUAUCGUGAUAUUCUUCGUAUUAAUUUUGAUUCAUGUUCAUUAGGUGGUAAUAUUAAUAUUUCUCGUGGUCAUUUUCCUUCGCCGAAGAUGAUUUCAUUGACAUCUUCAUCUCAACAAUCUUCAAAUUCAUUAGAAAAUAUUCCUAAUUUAAAUCGUAUCAAUUUACUUUAUCGAUUUAAUAUGUUAUCAACAGAUACAUCAGCUUUAGGUGUUUCUUCUUAUCGAAUGGGUAAUUCUACUGAAAUAUUUAUUACAUGGAUUAAACCAAGUACACUAACUAUUUUUGAUGCCGAACAAGGUAUGAUUAAACGUGUAGAUGUUGAACCACCAUUUAUAACAAUUAAUGAUAUUGUAUGGUGUGAUUAUUUAAAUAUUUUUCUUAUUUCUGGUGCUGCUCUUCACACAUUUGAUGUAAUCAAUAAUGAUGUUAAGCAAAUUUUUACAUCUGAAAAUCCACAAAUAUGGUCAAUUACUACGCAUAAAACAAGUCUGUUUGUUUGUUAUGUUAUGGGUGAAUCACCUCUAAUUGAACAUCGUUCAUUACCAUCAUUUCGUACAAUUCAAACAUAUACUCGUUCACAAAUUUUACCAACUAAUUCUCCAUCAAUAGCUGAAAUAGCUCGCUGUAUUCGAACAAAUGGUUAUCAUAUAGCAAUGACCGUUCGAAAUCUAACUACAUAUGAAUGGCGUGUUGAUAUAUUUAAUUUUCAUAUGCAACGAUUAUUCAAAGGUGAAAUUUUAGGACAUGCAGCCUAUUCAGAUUAUUGGUGUUGUUUAUUAACAUCUUAUCGAUCUUGUUGGUGGUUAGUUAUGAAUAAUACAUCAGAACAAGAAACAUUGUCAUUAAUUGAUAAACAAGCACGUAUCAGACAACAAAUCAAACACGAAGGAUACAACAUUUGUAUUUUACAAGGAGAACAACGAUUUGUUAUUAAAGAUCAACAAGGAUUAGCAGUAUUUCGUUUUUAA